CUGGCCCUGAAUACAACAAGAAGAUAAUUUUAAUCCAAAAUGGGACCAGUGAAUUCACAAGUUGUGAAAUCUCGUCACUCCAUAGUCUCCACUAAGGAGUUAGCAAAGCAGUUGUUUAGAGACCCAGUGUCUGGGAAGGCAGCAGGGGCUUAUGAGUUAAGGAAGGAUGUGCAUCCGAAACUUAAGAUAUUGGAUUCGAGUGAGGGAGGAGCUGGGUGUUUAGGAGGGUUUGAAAAGACAGCAAUUCCUACAGCUAGACUUCUGAACUUACAAGAUAACCUGAAGGAUACAACGACUGGGCUCCCUAAUAGUUUCCCUACUCCUGAGAUUGUUAGAGAUGUACUAGGGGAAAUUGGGAUAGAAAAGGAUGAUAAGAUUGUUGUAUACAACCAGCCGGGCAAAUUUUCAGGGGCCACAAGAGCCCACUUCAUCCUUAGCAGGUAUGGUUUCGAUGCCUGGGUCCUCGAUGGUGGACUGAGGAAAUAUAUGACUGAUGGAUAUCCAACAGAAGAAGGCAAAGUCUACACUGGAGAAAAGACUAAUAUUAAAGGUUUGACAGACCCGAGGGAUUCCAUAGCAUUUUUCGAUGAAAUCAAAGAAUUUGAGCAAGGAAAGAAAAAGGAUAUGCAGGUAAUUGACCUCAGACCAGCCUUCGGAUUCAAUGGAGAGGAUCCAGAACCAUUUCAGGGGUGCAGACAAGGAUCUGUGAAGGGAUCUAUCAACAUUGAGUAUAAAAACUUCUUUAAUGAAGACUCUACCUUCAUUAAUACAGAACAAUUGAAGGAGUUAUUCAUGAGAUAUAAUUUAGACACAAAGAAGCACACUAUUUUCAUGUGUAAGACCGGAAUGCUUGCAACUAUCGGAGCUUUAGUUGCUGGUUCGGAUAUCCCAUCUAAGCUCCCAUUCGAGAAGAUUCAGCUUUAUGACGGAAGUUGGAGUGAAUAUGGUUCAUUGAAUUAAGUAAUCACGUAUUUUCAAUACUCAAGA